CUGCAGCUGUCCACCGAGAGACGGUCCUUCUUCUCCUCUCCUGUCGGACGAACAUUCACACGCGCACCUCUGCGCACGCACACACACGCACACUUUCCCUCUUUCUCUCCCUUUCUCUUUCUCUCUCUCUCUCACGCGCGCGCGCACUGACUCAGUCCAGGUCCCAGAGCCCUCAGAAGCCCCGCUGGAUCCUCACAUCGCCUGUCAGCAUGGGGAUCGCUUGUUUUUCCCGGGACGUUUGUUUGUUUAUCCUCCUCAUAAAUACUUGCAGGGUGAUGGGGAAUGUCGGGCUCGCAGAUGUAGAUGAGUGUGCAGAAGGUUCAGAUGACUGCCAUAUUGAUGCUCUCUGCCAGAACACACCCAAGUCUUACAACUGCAUCUGCAAGCCAGGUUAUAAAGGAGAUGGCAAGGAAUGCGAAGAUGUGGAUGAAUGUGAGAAUGACUACAACGGAGGCUGUGUUCACGAGUGCAUCAACAUUCCGGGGAACUAUAGGUGUACCUGCUAUGAUGGAUUCAUGCUGGCCCACGACGGACACAACUGUUUAGAUGUGGACGAGUGUUUGGACAACAAUGGUGGAUGUCAGCAAGUGUGUGUCAACACAAUGGGAAGCUACGAGUGCAAAUGUAAAGUCGGCUUUUUCCUGAGUGACAAUCAGCAUACCUGCAUCCACCGCUCUGACGAUGGAAUGAACUGCAUGAACAAGGACCAUGGCUGUGCUCAUAUCUGCAGAGAGGCUCCAGGCAAAGGCGGGGUGUCUUGCGAGUGCCGACCCGGCUUUGAGUUGGCCAAAAACCAGAAAGACUGUACAUUGACAUGUAACUAUGGGAAUGGUGGUUGCCAGCACACAUGUGACGACACAGACACAGGGCCGGUUUGUGGCUGCCACCAAAAGUAUGCCCUGCACUCGGACAGCAAGACCUGCAUUGAGAAAGAUGAGGCUGCAAUUGAGAGCUCUGAGUUCAAUGCCACGUCAGUAGCUGAUGUGGACAAGCGGGUGAAACGGCGGCUACAUAUGGAGACCUGCGCUGUAAACAAUGGGGGCUGUGACAGGACAUGUAAGGACACAGCCACCGGGGUGCGCUGCAGCUGCCCUGUAGGAUUCACCCUGCAGCCUGAUGGCAAAACCUGCAAAGAUAUCGAUGAAUGCAAGGACAACAAUGGAGGCUGUGACCACUUUUGUCGAAACACGGUGGGCUCUUUUGAGUGCAGCUGCCAAAAAGGCCAUAAACUUCUCACAGACGAGCGAACAUGCCAAGAUAUCGACGAAUGCUCCUUUGCGAGGGCCUGCGACCACACAUGUGUCAACUAUCCUGGCAGCUUUGAGUGUUUGUGCCAAAAAGGCUACAUCCUCUAUGGACUCACUCACUGUGGGGAUAUUGAUGAGUGCAGCAUCAACAAUGGAAGCUGUGAGUUUGGCUGCAUAAACACACAGGGUAGCUAUGAGUGUGUGUGUCCACCCGGACAACAGCUUCACUGGAAUAAGAAGGACUGCAUUGAGGCUGUGAAAUGUCUCCCCAAUGGAAAACCAGCACCACGAGCCCAGCUGACAUGCACCAGGAAUGCAGGAGCAGAGGUCUGCUCACUGUCAUGCCCGUCCAAUGCUCACUUUCUCGCAGAUCCGGAGAACUACACGCUGAGCUGUGGAGUUUCCGUCCAGCCUGGUAAUACUCCUCCGAAGACUAAUGCCACUUCUGCUUUACCAUCUUGUGCUGAUCCACUGGCCCCUCCCAUAAAGCAGAAGGCUAAGUUUAAGAUCAAGGAUGCAAAGUGUCACCUGAGUCCCCGCAACAAGGAGAAGCACAAAGACUUAUCCAAGCAGAAUAUCCAAGGAGGCCAGUUCCCCUGCACAGAUGAUUGUCAAGUAACAUUUGUCAACCUCAAAUGUGACUCAUCAAAAAAGCGUCGUAGAGGUCGCAAAUCUCCAUCGAAAGAGGUUUCCCUCAUCACGGCCGAGUUUGAAAUGGAGAUGAAGGAGGAUGAAGCAUCAGACUCCUGCAACGUCGACUGUGUUCGGAACAAAAUGAAGCAGAAGCUGCAGAGUGCCAUGCGGACACUCAGGAAGUCCAUCAACAAACAACAGUUCUACAUCCAGUUUUCUGGAACAGAGUAUGAAGUGGCCCAGAAACCUUCCAGGAUACCAGAGGGAGUUGAGACCUGCAGUACGGGCCAAGUCUUCCAAGAUGGAAAAUGCGUGGGCUGUAGUGUAGGCACGUUUUACAGUGGGAAGCAGGAGCAGUGUGUCCAGUGUCCUCCGGGAACAUACCAGGACAUGGAAGGGCAGCUGUCCUGUGAGCCAUGUCCUGGUACUGAAGAACAAGGAAUCACUGGUGCCAAGAAUGUGUCUCAGUGUGGAGGUCAGUGUCCAGCAGGUCAGUUUUCUGCCGAUGGGUUCCGGCCGUGCCAGUCUUGUCCUGUAGGCUCCUACCAGCCAGAACCGGGUCGGGUUAUGUGCUUCCCAUGCGGGGGAGGCCUCAUGACCAAGUAUGAAGGUUCUGUUUCCUUCAGGGAUUGUGAGGCCAAAGUCCACUGUGCUCCAGGACAUCACUACAACUCCAGUACCCAUCGCUGCAUCCGCUGUCCAGCAGGGACAUACCAGUCUGAGUUUGGACAAAACUACUGCAUCGCCUGCCCUGGAAACACCACAACUGACUUUGAUGGUGCCACUAAUGUAUCCCACUGCAAAAACCAGCUGUGUGGAGGGGAACUGGGAGACUACACUGGCUACAUCGAGUCCCCUAACUACCCAGGAGAUUACCCGUCCAACGUGGAUUGUGUCUGGACCAUAAAUCCACCACAUAAAAGGCGCAUCCUCAUUGUUGUGCCUGAGAUUUUCCUCCCCAUCGAAGAUGAAUGUGGAGAUGUGCUGGUUAUGAGAAAGAGUGCGCUGCCCACCUCCAUCACGACCUAUGAGACAUGUCAGACCUAUGAGCGGCCCAUCGCCUUCACCUCCCGCUCACGAAAGCUUUGGAUUCAGUUUAAGUCCAAUGAGGGGAACAGUGGGAAAGGCUUUCAGGUUCCAUAUGUCACCUAUGACGAGGACUACCAGCAGCUGAUAGAGGAUAUAGUCCGUGAUGGAAGGCUUUACGCAUCUGAAAACCACCAAGAGAUACUUAAGGACAAGAAGUUAAUAAAGGCUCUCUUUGACGUACUUGCUCACCCCCAGAACUACUUCAAGUACACAUCAGCAGAGUCCAGAGAGAUGUUCCCUCGCUCCUUCAUCAAACUUCUGCGCUCCAAAGUGACUAGGUUCCUUCGACCAUACAAAUAGAAGGGGAAUGUGCACUUUUUUCUUUUUAUUAAAGGUCGUCUCAUCCUGCAUCAUUUAAAAUUCAGCAACUGACACAUAAGUCCCUGAACAACUUCUGCCCCUCUACAGAAAUCCAACCGUUUGUGGCCAAAAACCUCGCCCUCGGUCUUUCUUGUCACACGAUGCCUUUCAGUGUCCCUCACCCUCUCAGCAUGAAUGCACAAUUAAACAGCUUCCCGCCAGUCAACUCCACGGUUUGACAAAUACAGGUGUCUGAAAGCCAGCAUCCACAUGUUUCAGUAUAGAACAAAUUCACUUAGUAUUUGAUUUUUAAUAUAUUUUUCUUAACUUUGAUCAUAUAGAAGCAUAUAGAAUUUUAAAUAAUGCACUAUAGAUUAAAAGCACAGUACUAAUGAUCCUAAUGAAGCUCUGGUUUGUAAAUGUUAGGGCACAACUUGGUGUCCUCUGAAUCCAGAAUGAUCUAAACUCCCUAUCUCUGAGCAGUUUUGGGUGUAGGAUGCCUGUAAGUAAUUAAUUUACAGUUUUAUUUUAAAUCAAGCCAUAAGAAUUUCACGCAAACAAUGAGCCUGCUUAGAAAAAAAAACAUUUGAAAAUAGGCUGGCAGGUCUUUAUCUUCUCCUGACACGACUGGAAGACUGGAAAGAAGGCAAAACAGCUGCAGAAUAAUUAGUACGUUCUUUUCAAAGCUGAAUAAUGUGAAACAGAAAGUUUUUAAAUAGGGUUUCCACGAAUCACUUAGAUAUUUUUCAGACUUGAGUUGUUAUAAGAGUUAUAAAAGAGCACGUUCUCUGCAGAAUUCCAGCUUCUGUGGAAAAAGUGUUUUGUUGUUGCUCUGUGUAAAAAUCAUAAAAAAGAAACAAAGCAACAAGGGUUCAUUCUUGUGCCUGUUUAUAGUAUGCUGCCUAAAUACACAUGUCAUAAUAACGCUUUCAUUUAAUGUCCUUAAUUUGAGCAUUAUUGCCACCUAGUGGCUCCUUAAUGUCAAAAACUUGCUUCAUCAUCUGGAUUGCGAUGUUUUCCUCUUGAUUUAAAAUGGAUAAUUUGUAUUUCAUAGAAUGAUUCAUGUUGAUAGGACUCAACAGGUAAAAUCAAGAAAGACGUUUGAUAAAGUAAAAUCUGAGAUCUAAACAAGAGACUAGAAAGGCCUACAACUGUACCUGGACACGGGCCUAGCAACAGAUGGGACCAGGUGAGGUAAUGAGAAGAUGAGUGGCAGUUUAGUGGCAGGCAAACAAGAGCUGAGGGGACACAUAGACCACCAAACAACUAACCCCAUGGCUGGAGCCAGGUUUUCUGGUUGGCCCGCUUUGUUGAGCUGAAAGCUUUCAGGAUCAUGGAGGAUGGGAGGAUGUGAGUGUGGACAGAUCACCAUGGUAACAGAUAACUGGUACAGUGAUUCUGUUCUUAAUGAAACCCAUCCUUCUGUUAACUUUAACAGCUAAUCAGUAGGGUCAUAAGGGGCGGGGGUGGGGGUGGGGUGGGGGGUUAACUCCUGCUGCAGCUAUAGCAGGAGAGGCCUGGACAGGUCGCCUGUCCAUCAUAGGGACACAGAGACAAACAACCAGUCACACCCUCACUCAGACUGUCCCACAUCAGCCUGACAUGCAUUGGGAGGAAACCGUAACACCCAAAGAAGACCCACACGUGCAUGGGGAGAACAUGCUAGCUCCCGACAGAUGGGUCAUAAGUAGGAUAAAUUAUGUCUACCACUUCUUCUGAAGUACUUCAUACACCUUUAAUUUGAGCUUGGCUGUUUUCACCCAUUUUUUAUGGUCUGUGUGCUUUUAGACCUUAACCCCAAAAGCCCUCUUAUAACUUUUGAUUAAGAAAUAGUUUCUGCAGUGUUUCGUUACAAAGUUUUCAGGUUGGGAGCCAUCUUUAGCAUGUUAGAUAUGACAGUUUUUUGGAUUAAUCUUUGUCGCAAAAACACAUUUCAUAAAAUAUGUGAAAAGUUUAUUUUGUUUAUUUUGAACUUCAAGUUUGUCAGAAAGGAGCAUCAAUAAACAUCAGUUAUAAAUAAAAUGUAGGCUGGAGAAAAAUAAACAAGGAAGUCAUGUUGAGAUUAAACUGGAAACAUCCAGAUAAGAGUUAACAUGUUUAGACAAAAAAGUUUUGUUUUUAUUACUGUUGUAACCAAGAAAUAUGGAUAAUUUUGCUCAGUAAACUAUAAAAAAAAGAUGCAAUUUUCAAUAUGAGGUUCAUUUUGUUGCCUGCUUCCUUCAAUCCUUCACAAUAAGAGUCUCAAACAUGCCCACAUGCUACAAAAGUGCUCGAGUAUUGUUGGGCAAUCUAAUUAAACAAGCUACUUGCAUUAGCUUCAGAUGAUUGAGACUUUUAUUGUGAAGGAUUUAAAGGCAUUCUUAGAGGUCUGCCUAUUUUUUUUUAUAGUUUAGUCAGUAAAAUACACCAAAAACCUUCUGUUACAAUACUUCCUCCAUUCUUCACAAACUACUUAAUACUUUUCCCCUCAACAUUCCAACUUUUAUCUUGACAUCAACUCUUUUUAUUUUGAAAUUUCAUCAACUAGACACCAAACCUCUUUGAUAGAAACUCUAUCAGCAGGCCACCAUCGGCAAACCAGAAUCAGUCGGACCUGUUUGUGCUGUGCUCCACGUGUGUUCUCCUUUUCCUUACUCCUACUCUCUACCUCCUAAAUGUUUAACCUCUUUGGGCCCGUUUGUUUUUGCUCUGCUCCACGUCUCGCUCCUUCCUGUCAUUUACAUCAAGCUAGUCAGAACUCGCAGAGCUCUAUGUUGCUUUACGUUUUUGUCAUGAUGUAUGGACCAAGCCUGAUGAGAAACGAACCCACAGAAAACAUGCUUGUCUCCUAAACUGUGUUUGGUUUUUAUGUGGCCUGAUGUGCACAAGUCAGAUGAAAACACAACUAGUGCACUUAAAACACACCAUUUACACAGAAAAGUCAUUGAAAUCUAAACACACAGAUGUUCACUCCUGAGUGUGUGCUUCACCAGCCCAAAGAGAGAUGACCUGGGCUAAAUCACAAAGUCCAGAUUAUACUUUCGAAUAAAAUUAUAAGAUGAGAUUAACUACCUACAAGUAACAAAUGGUUACUUUAGAACAAAAUAUUAUGUGAUUUAAUUAAUAUUUGGAACUUUAAUUGCACUUGAAUGUUAUGGUUUGAAUUGUGGGGGGGGGGGGGGAUUCUUCGUUUUGUUACCUAUGUUGUGUUGUUUUGAAAUGUGUCACAAGUGGUGGUGAUAUGAAAGAAGGAUAGCUGUGUCUCUUGUUAUUUUACUUCCUUUCUUUAGCCAACAGCAACCAGAGAAAACCCGUUAAACUGAAGCUCGCUGUGCUUCUAGGAUCAUUUUAUCUGUAGAACAAUCUCCAGCUGCCAGAGAGAAGAAGCUCCUCCCAUUAUGGCUUCUAGUAUGAAGGCGUUACGCACAUAUCAUCCCGAUUUCUCCAAAACCUUUGCAAUUAACCCAGAUUUGUAAUGAGUGGGCUCUGCUUCUCUUAAAUUGACUAAAUCUCAGUGUCUAUUCCACUGCUACUAUGUCUAUGAAAUCCAGUCCAUAUCGUGUAUCACAAGUCUACGUCUGCACCACAUGACUGGAUAUGAAAACAUGUGUGCUGCUUGUAAACCACCAAACUUCUGUCUUUCUUGUUUUGAGUUUUUUCAGAAUGCAUGUGUAGUAUCUCCUGUUUUCUGUCAUGUUUCUUUAAAAUCAGAUCUGCUGUCACUCAUCACUGAUAGAAAGUUUAAGCCGCAGUGUGUUUAAAUUCACCCAACAAUGGGACCUAAUCCAGAGUUUUGCAUGUUUCUGCAGAAAUAAUGCUGAGAAAUAUCCAGCUGCGUUUGGUUUGAGCUUAUGGGGCCACCACCGUUCCAGAUGUCUGGGAAUCUAUUCUGAUGUCAAAAAAAAGCAGAAAAAUAUUUUUGUGUAAAAGUGUUUAUAAAGCACAGGUUUUUUUAUAUUUCCUACCUUUCAGGGAGCCAUCUAUGCCUUGGUUUUAAAUUUUCAGAAUGUUUUUUAAAUGCCUGAUAUUAAACUGAUUCAUCUUGGAAUUUUUAUAUUUUUUAUUUUAUUCCUUUAACUGUCAAUAUUAGUAGGAUUUUGCUACAGUCCCACAAAAUCUUGUUGUGCAUUCAGUGCAUACAAUUACGUACACAUUUACAUGUAAAUUGAAUCGAUAAUUUGUCCUAAUAAAACAAAAAGAAACUACCGGUAUUCUGAAAAACAGAAACUGUGCCUGGUUGAAAAAAGUGUCUUCUGUAAUGAAACUUUAUUUUUAUAGCAAAGACACUCGAUUUGACAGAUUUUGUCAAACAGGGAUGGUUUAUUUUACAAAGUCUCAGAAGCAGUCUUCAGUCUGAUGAGACGUCACUAAAGCCUGAUCAUUUUUUAGUUUUUAAUCUGGACAUUCAUUAUGUUUUGCAGAGUUGAAGCAUUUUAGUCCUACAAUUAACAUUUUAAUUUCUAGAGCUCCAAAACCUGGACGUAAAAACCAGAGAUGAUGGCCGCUUCAGGGCUCUGCUGGUUUUUGUACACAGAGUCCUGAACUGAAGCAGAUGACUCAUGGGUAGGAAAUCAAUCUAAAACCUUCUGCUUUGGAAAACAGUCUGUGGUCUUGUGAAAUAUUUAGUUAAUGGCUUGAAAAACCCGAAACCACAAGUACGGUGCAUAACACUGAAGUUGGACUUCUGUUUUUUGUUUUGGCUUUAAAUAUCAAAUUAGACAGUUUAGGGAAACAAACACGAUCAGAGGAGAAACUAAUGACUUUGUGUUAUUGUUUGUUUCUACUUGUGGCCAAAUAUGUCCACACAUUCUGUGGCCUGCUUCCUGUCUGAAUGUGAGCACCCGUUAAAACAAGUAUUAUUAAAAGAGAGAGAGAG